AUGCCGUUUGGUGGUAGACACUUUCGCCCGCGUGUUGUGGCGCUCACGUUGGUCGCAUUCACGCUCUAUAUCAUCUUUUCUCGAAAAAACGAGCUGCAAAGUACUGGUGAAGACAUACAAGAAUUUGUUCAGUUUCCAAAAAAUUUCCAGCCCCAGCCGGUCAUAGAAGGAGAGUUUGAGCACAACAAAAAGGAGAUUUCUGAUGAUGUUAGUGCAGCUUUUCUCAAGAAACUCGACAAGAAAACAGGAAAGUGUCCGAAUUACGUCGAAUAUUCUCAGUCGAGACAUAGUCCGUAUUCCAGUGGAAAGUUCCAAUACCCAUAUAUGCGACCAGCUCCCAAGUGUCGUACGUUUGUGUCCAGCGCCGUUGAGCGGGUGAUCCAGGACCUCAAGAGCAGAUUGAGGGAUCCUGACCUCGCAAGGUUGGUGGAAAAUUGCCUUCCAAAUACCUUGGAUACCACCAUCUUGUGGCAUCGAGGACGAGAGAACAAAGGAGUUUCCAAUCUCCAGUCGUUCGUUGUUACCGGAGAUAUCCAUGCCGAAUGGCUUCGGGACGCUGCCCGUCAGCUCUCUGUGUACCAACCGUUCAUCAAACAUGAUCAAAAACUCAAAGACUUGAUGGUGGGUGCAAUCAAUACCCAGGCCAACUAUCUUCUCAUUUCUCCAUAUUGCAAUGCUUUCCAUCCUCCUCCCCAGUCUAAUGUGAAAAAGGGAGAAACUGCCAUGGACGAUGUUUAUCCUCGACCUGACUGGAGACAAGUUUUUGAGUGCAAAUACGAACUUGAUUCCUUGGCCUCGUUUCUCACUCUCACCAACGAUUACUACGAAAACUCCAAUGGAGACCUUCUGUUCUUGUCUGAGCUCUGGAUGAGGGCGCUCGAGAAAGUCUUGAUCGUUAUGAAGCGAGAAUCGUUUCCUUCGUUCGAUAAAAAGACCGGCCAAGCUUUGGCAUUUUAUUACGCUUUUAAAAGACAAACCAAUAUCGGCUCCGAAACACUUCCGCUCGCUGGAAUCGGGAACCCCGUCAACUACGAUACCGGCUUAGUACGCUCAGCGUUCCGGCCCUCGGACGAUGCUACGAUUUUGCAGUUUUUCAUUCCUGCCAAUGCGCACAUGGUCACCGAGUUGAAGCGAUUAAGAACCAAUUUUUUGAAUGAAAAAAUGCCGUCGCAGUUUCCAGCUGAAACAUUCAUCACUGCCGUGGACAGCUUUAUUGAAAGCAUCACCUCUGGAAUCGAAAACUACGGAAUAGUCAACCACCCAAAAUGGGGAAAAGUAUAUGCCUACGAAGUAGAUGGUUAUGGAGGAAAUGUAUUCAUGGACGACGCCAAUAUUCCGUCGCUUUUGUCAUUGCCAGAUAUAGGAUAUUUGGACAUUGACGAUGAAAUUUACCAGAACACUAGAAAAAUGAUUCUUGCUAAAGACGGCAAUCCGUACUAUCUCAAAGGAACCCAUUUUGAAGGCAUAGGUGGUCCUCAUAUUGGCAUCCACAACGCAUGGCCCAUGUCUCUACUCGUCAAGAUGAGAACUUCUAAUGACGAUGAGGAAAUCACAGAAAGCUUGAACCUUAUCAUGAAAACCAGUGCCAAUCUCGGCUUGAUGCACGAAAGUGUCCAUGUCAAUUCACCUCAUGGAAAGCAGUACACCCGGUCCUGGUUUGCCUGGUGCAACUCGGAGUUUGGUAAGACCAUCUUACACUUGGCAGCGCACAAACCACACUUGAUUUUCAAGGAUGGAGUGCCAUACAAUAUUGACGAGGCUCUCAGUAGAUAG